CUUUGAAACCCUUUUUCUGGGGGUCCGGGAGACUAUGGCCCCCUCUGCAGAAGGUUGAACUGGGGCACCCUGCCCCCCUGGUGGCCUCCGCAGGGUAUCCCCACCGGGCCAGCAGUCUCCGGGCAGCAGUGACAGUCUCUCUGUGGCCGAGGUGCCCAUUUGUCACUGUGCCAGUUGCUAGGAGACAGUUCCCAUCCAAACAUUCACUUCUGCUGGGACAUUCCACAGCCAACCGUGGCGCCUGCCUGUCCGUGUCUCUGUCCGGGUGCUAGGCUGCAGUCCCUGUCACAGGACUCGUGUGCCAUGGGCCUGGGCACAGUCUCCUCAGCGAAGGCACACACCAGAGGAAGCACCGACCUCAUUAACUUCUACGCCACGAGCCAUGCGUUGGCCCAUGGCCAGCUCCGUAUUCCUCCCUGCCUCAGCCACCACAUCGUCACCGGCUACGUGUCCAACAACCGCUCAGCCAUCUCUUGCCUGAUCUCCCCGCACAGCACAGCGGAGGGCCACUGCCAGGACACCACCACAUCCACCACUGCUGAGCACUUCAAGCCCUUCUGGUUCCCUGAUGGCCGGAGCCUGCUGCCCUGGCAUGUCCACCAGUCGCUCGGCGUUAAAGUCACCACGACGGAUUACCUGCCCUCCAUGUGCGGCCACCAGGGCGAAGAGAUGCUCCCGGUGCUGCCAGCAGGCUCCGAAAGAGGCAGCAGGUUCAGGCAGGAGGUGCCAGGCUCCCUGGACAGGAUGGUGAGCAGGACCCCAUCCCACCCCCCACCCGCUGUGCCCUCUCUGUCCUCACCCGCUGUCCCCACGCAGGGCUUGUCCGUGGUGGACCACACUGUCCCACGCAUCUCCCGAGGGCUGCAGGCACCCCGAGUGACCCAGGUUGCCCAGCUGGGACAGCAGGGUGCUGGCAGGAAGAAAUUGUUGGGGUUCACCAUUAACUAUGGCCAGGACGUGACCCCCCGCCCGACCCGGUCCACCACGGCACCAGCCUGGUGUUGGCGCGGUCCGACCUGGAUGCCAGGAUGUGUGGGGGGCAUCCAGCCCCAGCGCCCCAGCGGCUUCAGCACCAACAACCACCCCACCAGGCUGGAGGACAUCGGUGGCCACCUCGUGGCGUGACCCCCCCGGGGUGACCACCGAUGCAGCAGCACCCCGGGGGUCUCAGCCCCCGGCUUCUUUGGGGGACACCCAGUCCCUGACAGAGAAAUAAAGAGUGAA